UACACGUUACGUGCGUUAGUGUUAGCAUUUCAGCUAGUCAGGUGACGUACUGACCUGACCCUGACCAACCCCUAAGACCGUAGUCAUGAAGCGAGAAUAAACCCUCUUCUCGAGGGCAAAAUCUUUGAUUCGCCGCUCACGCUCUAAUUUCUUCUGUUCGCAUUUGACCUCCAGAAGCUCAGAUUCCACGGCCCUAUGUCAGUGAGAAUGGGUGAAUAACCGGAGACCGGGCGAAGGACUAAUGGAGCAUGGCUGUCUAGCGAGGAUGCAGAUGACUGGGAUGAGGCAACUCGCUGUCCCUGGCUGUCUUAUGCUCAUCACAGUGCUAGCACUGGCAGAAGUGAAGCAGAGACCGUGGACGUACCGCGCAUCGGUUUUCGCGCAUCGCCCUCUGCUGCCAUCCGAAACGUUUCCGGUUAGCCGCACCAUUGCCGUUAAGAAUAUGAUGAAAAACGUGGUCAUCUACAGGCAACAGGCUCAGCAUGCAGCUAAGCAGGGUGCUCAGAUCAUCGUGUACCCGGAAGAUGGAUUGUAUGGCUACCUCUUCAACCGGGUCACCAUCAAACCUUACCUGGAGCCCAUCCCUGAUCCCUGGCAAGUGCUACCCUGGGUGCCGUGCACUGAUCCUGGCCGUGUGCAACCUUCGGAUAUUAUGGUUCAGCUCAGCUGCAUUGCCAGGGAGAACAAAAUCUACUUGGUGGCAAACAUGGGCGACAUCAAGCCGUGCAACACGACUGAUGAUGUCAGCGGCAUUCCAUGUCCUCCCGACGGUCAUUUUCAAUACAACACUGACGUCGUGUUCGAUCCUACAGGUCGGCUGAUAGCAAGGUAUCACAAACAUAACCUUUGUGAAGAGCAUCAGUUUGACAAACCGGAAGUGGAAGUCGUAACUUUUGAAACACCCUUUGGCCGUUUCGGUCUGUUCACCUGCUUCGACAUUCUCUUCCACGACCCUGCGAUUCUUCUUGUGGAGAACGGCAUCACAAAUAUCGCCUUUCCUACCUUUUGGACCGAGGAAUAUCCUUUACUCAACGCCAUCGGGAUUCACUCGCCUGGGCACGUGGGAACCGUGUGAACCUGUUGGCCGCCAACAUCCACAUGCCCGCCCUUGGCGCCCUAGGGUCUGGCGUCUACACCAGCGACGGACCGAUUGACUACUACUACGACGACACCGCCAGCAGCGAGGGGAGGCUCAUCGUCGUCGACGUUCCUGGU